UUCUGGGCUUGGAACAAAAAAGAUCGAAAUACGAUGCAUAUUACCGGAGUUUUAAUUCCCCUACAGAGUCCAUGUUAGCAAGUAACCGUCGAUUGUUGGGGAAACUAAAACUACUUUGCGUCUCACUUCGAAGCUUCUCGGGUUAGCUUAGCAUCGCUAGCUGCUAACAAAGAGACAAAAGCGAAAGCGAUCGACGCGUCGCUAAGUGUGCGUGUAAAGUGUUGUGAUUGUGUGAAAAUGUGCAAAGUAGAAAUGCUGAGAGUGUUGGUGAAGCAGCGACUAACUGCUGCUGUGGAAGAAAUAUUUGUAGUGUUAGAAAGAACGAUAGCAGAAUACGAGGAGGAACUUUCGAGAACAAAAGAGGAGAACGAGCGACAACGUCAACUACUGGACGCUCUUUUCAACAAACAUCAAUAUGAGUUCAACACAACAGAAAAACAUCUCCCAGAGGAGCAGGAUUGGAUCUCCAGCGUGGAACAAGAGGAGCCACAGUCCCCCCACAUUAAAGAGGAAGAGGAGGAACACACUAUCAGUCAGGAGGGAGAGCAUCUUGAAGGACUGGAUGAGUUCCCAGUGAUCGGGGUCAUCGUGAGGAGUGAAGGCGAUGAGGUCAAAGGUGAACGUGAGGAGAAGAGAGGGGCGGAGCCUCCAAGCAGCAGCUCAAGUCAACACAUGACAACAGAAGCUGAUGGUGGAGGAUCACAAGCAGACAAGAUCUUAGCUCCACUAUCAGAUAGUGAGCACACAACGUCACACUCUCCUGACACUGAUGAUGAACACUCUAAAGCUGAUAACUCUAAAAGCUUCAAAUGCUCUCAGUGCGACAACACUUUUAAUCACAGUCACACUCUGAAAAAACACAUGAGAAGUCACACUGGACAGAAACCAUAUUCCUGUUUAGUCUGCGACACACAUUAUAGUCACCACUCUGCACUGGUUCGACACAUGUAUAAACAUGCUGGUGAGAAACCUUUUACCUGCUCAGUUUGUUGUAAAACCUUCCUUUCGAAGAGGUCUUUGACAGAACACACAAGAACGCACACUGGAGAGAAACCCUUUACAUGCCAAGUGUGUGGUAAAGAAUUCCAUUUAAAGAGGUCUUUGACAGAACAUGCAAGGACACACACUGGUGAGAAGCCCUAUCAAUGCUCGAUUUGUGAUAAAAACUUCUCUCAAAUGUCACAUCUGCAAACACACACGCUAACACACACUGGAGAGAGACCUUUCACUUGCUCAGUUUGCGGGAAAGGGUUCUUUGUGAAGGCGGCGAUGACGGAACACGCAAGAACACACACUGGAGAAAAACCGUAUUCGUGUUCAGUGUGCGACUCACAUUUUAGUCACCACUCGGCACUGACUCGACACAUGAGGAAACACACUGACGAGAGACCUUUUAUCUGCUCAGUGUGUGGUCAAGCUUUUCUUUCGACGGAGUCUAUGACAGAACACGCAGGAACGCACAGUGGGGGGAAACCUUUUACUUGCUCAAUUUGUGGUAAAACCUUCCCUUCGAGGAGCUUUCUGACAGAACACACAAGAACACACACUGGGGAAAAACUUUUUAUGUGCCAAGUGUGUGGUAAAGAAUUCCUUUCAAAGGGAUCUUUGACAGAACACAUAAGAACACACACUGGAGAGAAACUUUUUACAUGCCAAGUGUGUGGUAAAGAGUUCCUCUUGAAGAGAUCUUUGACAGAACAUACAAGGACACACACUGGCGAAAAACCUUAUAAAUGCUCAGUUUGUGAUCAAAACUUCUCUUUAAGGUCACGUUUGCAAACACACAAACGAACACAUACUGGUGAGAAACCUUAUAAAUGCUCAAUUUGUGAUCAGAACUUCACUCAAAGGUCACAUUUGCAAACACACAUACAAACACACACCGAUGAGAAACCUUUCACCUGCUCAUUUUGCGGGAAAGGUUUCUUUGUGAAGAGGGAUUUGACGGAACACACGAGAACACACACUGGAGAAAAACCGUUUUCGUGUUCAGUGUGCGACUCGCAUUUUUCUCACCAUUCAGCGCUGACUCGACACAUGAGGAAACACACUGAUGAGAGACCUUUUAUCUGCUCAAUGUGUGGUCAGGCUUUUCUUUCGAUGGCGUCUUUGACUGAACACACGAGAACGCACAGUGGGGAGAAACUUUUUGCCUGCUCAGUCUGAGAUCAAAGAUAUUCUGUUGAAAGCAAAUUUGAGGUCACACAUGAGAACACACACUGGACAGACAUGAGGUGGCAGAUUGAAGCCAGAAAGUUAUGUAAAUGUAGUUUUAUAUGAUAUGUUGUGAUGUAAUAACCACUGUUAUCAAUCUAACUUCUUUCUGACAUAUUUAAUGUUAUUGUUGCCUUCAUUAGCAAUAAACUAAAUCUGUCUACA